AUGGAUUUUACCAACCCAUCUUCUUCCUCGUCUUCUCGUGGCAAUACCACUUUAGUUCAGGAGAAGAAGAGCAAAAAGAAGCAGCAGCAGCAGCAGCAGCAGCAGAACCAAGAGACAACGGGAAGGUUUCUGGGUGUUCGAAGGAGGCCGUGGGGACGAUACGCAGCAGAAAUAAGGGACCCAUCCACCAAAGAGAGGCAUUGGCUGGGCACCUUUGAUACCGCCGAAGAGGCCGCCUUGGCCUAUGACAGAGCCGCACGCUCCAUGCGAGGCUCACGAGCUCGCACCAACUUUGUCUACUCUGACAUGCCACCUGGCUCCUCAGUCACCUCCAUUAUCUCCCCUGACGAAUCAACUCUUCAUCGUCAAGACUUAGACAACCAACAGGUCCAACACCACCAGCCCUCCACACCCUUCGUCCCUCCCCCACAACACCACGAUCCCACCCCACAACAAUUAUUCUUCUCUCAAGACUCAUCCUCCUCCUCCGUUGCCGCCUCCGCUGACGGCAAUGCAUAUCAUUACUCCUCCGGCACUGUCGCUUCUGGAGGAGUUGUUGGCAGUGGUAGUGGGUCUGAUCAGUACUCAUCCUACCCCAACCAUUACUACGACAGCACGGACCUCCCCCCAUUUCCAUCUCAGGAUUCGGGCUAUGACGAGAUGGGCGGCGGGCAGGGGAGUUGGCCCGAUUCAACAAGUUUCUAUGGGGGGUUCGCAGAGUCAGAACAAUUGAGUAGUAGUACUGGGUUCGUGGACUCGAUGGGAAGUGGGUCGACGAUGACAUGCCUGGGUUUUGAUUCCACAGAGUUUGUUCACAGCCCACUCUUUGGGAGGAUGCCCCCUGUUUCUGAUAUUGUGCCAUCCGUUACUGAUGGUUUCGAUUUGGGUUCCUCCGCCUAUUUCUUCUAA